CUAACAAAAACAAACACAGACACCAAAAGUGGAAAUGGAGAGUAGUAGAACCUCUGGUUCUCGAGGCAUCUCUUUCUGGUCAAUCCUACUCCACUCUCUUUGGACAACUCUUAUGGGAAUCCUCUUCUUCCGUUUAGCCACCACCAAUGGCCACAAGUUGGCUUUCAUACAUUUCUUCUCCGUCACUGGAACAUUACUCAUUACCUUACCUUGGACCAUCCAACUCCUCAUCUCCUCGACUGUAAUAUUCCUCCAUAAGACCAAAGGUUACAACAACCUCAUGUGGAUUGUUCAGUCACCAACAAUAUCCAAAGAGGUUGUUGAUCACAAGAAAAGUGGCACUUGUUCUGUUUCACCCUCUCCUUCUUCGACUCGCCAGGUUUUCAAGGAAACUGAUGCUGAAGAGAUUGCGAUAAGGAUCGUGAUUGGCGCUGCUGUUGAUAAAAGAGACUGUUGCUCUGCAGCUCCAUUAGGCAUGUUCAUGGAGAUUGAAGGAAGAAACAAGACCAAACUGCUCACAAAUGGAUCCACUUGAUCCUUAUAGUCUCUUUGCUUUUAGUGUUUCCCCUUUCAUUUCUGUACUACUCUUAGAUAAUAAUAUCUCAGAACUUUGUUCAUUGUUUUUUUUGGUUCAGUUUUCAUAAGAUCCCUGAUUUGUUAUUACAACAUGAUUAAAGACACAAUCUCAAUCACAAAAACUAUGUAUAAACAAUAGUUAAUAGACAAAUUUUGCCAC